UCGAGAGCUUUUGGUCCUUGUUCUCGUUCUCAUCCUCAUCUCGUCUCUCGCACAGGAGACGGCGGCGGCUACUGGACGUGACUCGGCGGCGGCGACUGGACCUGGUGGUGGUACUCAGCGGCGGUGGCUACAUCCCUGCCAGGAGACCACAAUUCAGAUGAGCUAGGUGUUGGAGAUGGAUGAAACGGAGAGGGGUGACCACGUCGCUGGAGACGGCUUCGAUUUUCCUCUUUUGUUUGUUCCCGAGCAGAGGCCGCCUCCGCCGCCGUUGGUGUUCACAUUACCUAUUAGAGUAGCUAGUUAUGUCUACAAGCUUGAUGAUGGAAGCGAGCAAGUUGUUGACAAGCAUGAUGUUGUGUUUGAUUUCAACAUUUCUGGUAUGUCAUGGGUUAGCUUCAAUGAAGCUGUGGCAGAACAUAUCAAAAUGGGGAUAGGCCAGGAGGUGCAGUUGUUUGCAUUAGACACCGUUGAGAGUAUAGUUGAUCUUGUACUUAAUGGUCAGCAACUGAAUUCACACUUUAUUGGCAAUCAUUGGGACUUUGAGGCCAAGAAAUCAUUUCUGUUAGCUGAGGUUGUUACAUUGGAGGCACCCAAUGCAAAGAAAGUAGGAAAGAGGGCUCCAAAACAGCCAGCUGCUCCCAAACAGCCGCGUGCUCCCAAACAGCCGCGCGCUCCCAAAAAGCCAGCUGCUCCAAAAAAGACAACUAACAAAUCUAUAGAAUGCAGUGCUAGCUCCUCUGUGGUUGUUGACAAUUCAAACUUGUCAGCUUUCGAGAUGGCACAGACAAUGGGUAGUCAAUAUAGAGUUUUUCCUAAUGAUGUGGAGUUUUCACCGGAUGAUGUUGACCACCCAGCCACAAUGCAGUCUCAAACUGUUUUUGAUGUGGUUGAUAGUACUGAGAGAUGUGAGUCCUCCGUGGUUAAUCAGGAAGAACCACUCAUAGAUUGGAGCUUGAUUGAGAUAGCUCCUCCCAUAACUGAAGAAGACAAUAUGUGCGAUCCUCUUGGUAUUAACGAUGUCGACAUUCCCAUAACCGAAGAGAAUAUGUGCGAUCUUCUUGGUAUCAACGAUGAGGCGGUCCCUGAGCCACCACCUUCUCCACCUAGUGAGGAAGUUUACAUGGCCGAUGAGGAGGACCGUCAGCUUUUCAUUGAGGCUGCCAUUACCGUGGAUGAUAGUGUGCCACCAGAUGAGGAGAUUGCAUAUGACAAAGAGAACUCGCAGAUGUAUCUUGGUGCUUUGUUUCCUUCAAUGAAAGAUUUUAGGAUGGCUAUCAGACAAUAUGGAAUUAAAAGGGAGAUCGACAUUUGGGGAUAUAAGACUGAUAAGAAAAGAUAUCUUGGCAAAUGUAGAGCCAAGGGUUGUCCAUGGAGGAUUACAGCCAGAGUGAGGACUGAUGGACAAAGCAUAAGGGUUACCAAGAUUUCUGUGAAGCACAAGUGCUCCUCUACCGGUAGGAUAAAAAACAGCAUGACAUCUCAAGGAUGGGUAGCACAGAGGACCGUACCCCUUAUACAGAGUGACCCUACAAUUGGAUGCAAAGAGUUGUUGGAGAAUUUGCAAGAUACAUAUGGCACUACCACUGACUAUCAUACGGUGUGGAAAGGCAAAGAUAUAGCACAGAAAGAGAUUUAUGGUAGCAUGAGGCAAAGUUUUCAAUAUUUGUUUAACUUCGAAGCGGAAGUUGAGAAGAGAUCCCCAGGCAACAUUGUAGAGGUGGAUAUGAAGAUGGUUCACGGUAUAGUUCACUUUAACCGAUUCUUUAUGGCUCUUAAACCUUGCAUUGAUGACUUUAAAGCUGGUUGUAGACCAUAUCUUAGUAUAGACUCAACUGCACUUAUCGCUAAAUGGAGAGGUCACUUAGCCGCUUGUACAGCAUUAGAUGGGCAUAAUUGGAUGUAUCCUGUAGCAUUUGCAUUCAUUGAUGGUAAAGCCGACGAAAAUUGGACAUGGUUCAUGUCACAACUCAACAAGGCAUUAGGUCAUGUUUCCCCUCUAGCUAUAUGCACAGAUGCAUGUAAAGGUUUAGAGAAUGCAGUCAAAAAAUAUUCCCUCAUGCAGAUCAAAGGGAGUGUUUUAGGCAUCUCAUGGCUAACUUCUCUAAAAAGUUCCAAGGAGAUGUGUUUGGCAGAAUGUGGCCAGCUGCUAGGGCAUAUAAGCCAUAAGUUUUUAACUACCACAUGAAUAAAAUCCUAGCAGAAGCACCUGAUGUGCAUGAAUAUCUUUCAAGGUACCACAGCUUAAAAUGGAUGAGAUGCAUGUUUGACCCCUCCAUUAAAUGUGAUUACAUCAACUAUAACCUUGCCGAGUCUUUUAAUGGUUGGAUUAAAGAUUACAAAGAUUUGCCACCUGAUGAGCUAGCUGACACUCUUAGAGAGCUAGUCAUGAAACUUCAUGAGAAAAGGAGAAAGAUUGGAAUGAAACUGAAAGGAAAAAUUAUUCCAGCCAUCAUCCAACAAAUUCAUAAUAGGACAAGGGGACUUAAACAUUUGAAAGUUGGGAAAUCUGGAGUUGCAAGUUGUGAGGUGAGGGACACAAGUAAAUACAACUUGCGACAUGUCGUGAAAACUUGCGACAUGUGAGCUGAUGAGGCAACACAUGCAGCACCACAACUUGAAGUUGUUGUGACUCCCAAUAGGCACACGAUCACUAUGCCACUGAAUCUUCAAGGUAGUCCCAAUCCUGUGACUAGAAGGUAAACACAUCAACUGUUCUUUGUAAUGUUAAUUUUUCCUUCCAAAUCUUAUAUUUCUCAACACAUGCAGGAUGUUGGCUAUGGCAUUGGCUGAUGAGGCAUCGCAGCAACCUACCCCAACUGUGAAGGACACCACGAUGGCAUAUGACAUGGCCUCAACCUCGAAAGCUAGGAAGUUGACCCCGAAGAGAAGGAAGAUCUAGUGUUGUGCAUCAUCUUCUAUGUUCUCUAUGCUUUUGGUUGUAGUAUGUCAGACUUGGCACCCAUUACUUUGUGUGCAACAUGGCACCAAUUAUUGCCUUAUGUUUUUGGUUGUAAUAUGCCAGACUUGGCAGCCCCUACUAAUUUGUGCAACAUCACAGCCUUAUGUUAGAUGAUGUAUGAAAAUGGAUGAUGUAUGGACAUGUGAAAUAUAUGUUUUAAGCUA